ACAAAGACAAUCAGUCAAAACUACAAAUAACUAUUCUACGUAUCCCAAUUAGCAAAAUCAUCAACUUCUUUUAAAAUCAACAAUCCUGUAAGGCGCGAUUUUAAAUUUUUUUAUUUAGUCUUUUCAAAAUUUCCCCCAAAACCCUAAAAAUCAAGGAAAAACCCCAAAUGCACAAUCUAAAACCCUAAUUAAGAUUUUUUUUGAAUCAAACACAAAUGUCGUAUUCUCUCUUCUCAACUCCACAACAGCAACAGCAACCGCAACCACAACAAUCUCCGUCGCCAUUUCAAUAUCAACAAAGCAACCCUCUUUUCUCUCAACAGCAACAAUUUCAAGCACAACAGCACCAAUUUCAACAACAACAACAAUUUCAACAGCAGCAAUUGCAGCAACAGCAGCAGCAUCAGCAAUUAUAUCUGUUCACUAAUGAUAAAGCUCCGGCGAAUUACAGUACCAAGUGGGCUGAUUUACACCCUGAUUCCCAGAAAUGUCUACUUCAAAUUGAGGAGCGAAUAUUGGAAUAUAGAGAUGAGAGCCAGAGGCUAGAUCAAAGCAGUCGUCUUUAUGAUUCCUCGGUUUCCAGUGAAGGCUUUGAGCUUGAUGCAGGCCAUAUUGUUCAGGAGCUUGGGGGGAUCAGUACUGCUACGGAGAGACAGAAAGCUCUACUGCACGAACUUAUGGUCAAUGCUAAAGACAUGUUACGGAACACUGAGAUGGCUAUUCGUUCUUUUAUGAUGCUACGGCCUAGGUUCCUUCAUCCCUAUGCAGGAGGUGCUCCAAAUGCCACUGCACCAUCUCAACCUUCUGGAGCAACAGCAACACCAGGCUCUGCUGGUCAAACAACAUCUGCGUCUAUUAUGCCAGUCUUUGACUUCUACAGCGGUCUUCCUAAGAAACCAUCACCAUUUUUACAGCAAACUGUUCUUAGAUUUGAGAAAUACUUGGGUGAGUGCCGCCAGUGGAUUGAAGAGUUAGAGCAAUUACUCCUCCUAGAUUCUGAGCGCAAUUCUUCCCACCCUGGAUCUUCAUUACUUCAGUCUCUUCCAAAAGUCAUGGAAAAUGUGCAUGGCUUCUUUGUUCAUGUGGCUUCUAAGGUGGAGAGCAUUCAUCAGUACAUUGAAUCUAUGAGAACUGCCUAUCUUGCUGAUCAACGGCGUCGAGGGGAGCUAAAUGAUCCUUUCCUUGAAGCUGAUCGGCGGGAAACGGCAAAGCAAGAAGCUGCCGCUAAGCGAGUACAUCCAACUUUGCAUUUGCCUGCAAAUUCGCAACCUUCAACACAGGUCGCUGGGUUAUUUGCAAGCUCUUCAACUCCUGCAGCAUCAACAGCCCAGCCGACACCUGCUGGAAGCGGGUUAUCUCUUUUCAGUACACCUUCAACUGCACAAACUUCUUCUUUCCCAUCAAAUUCUUUAUUUGCAACACCAACCGUCCCUGCAAAUACAUCCUCUUUGUUUGGAUCAUCGGGUCCUUCCUCACAGCCUUCGCUUUUUAGUUCAUCAUCGGCAUCAAUGUUUACUCCUGCUUCAACUCCCUCUUUAUUUAGUGGUAAUGCAACACCUUUUGCUUCUACUACACCUGCUACUGGUUCCUUAUUUUCAACGCCUGCUACUGGUUCCUUAUUUUCAACGCCGUUUGCAUCAGGUCCUGCAACCACAUCUAACUCUAGCUUUGGAGGAUCAUCUAAACCAAGACCAAAAUCCCGAACAGCACGGCGGUAGUAACAAUGGCUUUGAUCAAAUGUUCAUGCCAACUUCUUUAUAUGCUCGGAUGAUGGUCUCUCCAUUCAGCUACUUUUAGCUUUGCUUGUCAUAUGCCUGCUGCGACAGAUUCGUGAGUCUUCAUUCCUUUGGGCCAUAAAGGCUUCAUAAAGAUUGCUGCGAGAUCCUUGUACGAUAAGUCCUUGAUAGAGGAUAUUUUCGAUAUAGAUCCAUCUUAAAAGAAGCAUAGCAUGCUCGUUUUUGUUUCUGUAGUUCAUGUAGCUGUGACUUCAUGUGACAUUUCAUCAUUUUUCAAGACGAAAGUGUAUUAUCAAGAGAUCAUAUAUUGAUUUUGAAAGCUAA